AAUUCAUCCUCCCUGGGUCGUGGUGGUCGUUCAGUACAUUGAUUGCCACUAAAUGGAUGCUGGUGGCAGCUGAGCUGAGCUGAGAUGUGCAGCUGAGCUGUGGCUUCUGCUCCGAGGUGCGACCUCGACCCGCCCCAAUUAAACCGCCGGGGACCCGCCCGCAAGCAGCCGCAGCUAUAACCCCGCCCCGCGUCGUCCCCUCCGCACCACCAGAGAUCCGGCCGGCGGCACGAGAAGAAGCAGCAGCGGAGACGAUGGCGGCCGUGAAGCGCGCCUACCUCGCCGUCUACAACUGGGCCGUCUUCUUCGGAUGGGCGCAGGUGCUCUACUUCGCCGUGGACGCGCUGCUCCGGUCGGGGCACGAGGGCGUGUACGCCGCCGUCGAGCGGCCGCUCCAGCUCGCGCAGACCGCCGCCGUCCUCGAGAUCCUCCACGGGCUCGUCGGGCUGGUGAGGUCGCCGGUGUCGGCCACGCUGCCGCAGAUCGGGUCGCGCCUCUUCGUCACCUGGGGCAUCCUCUGGAGCUUCCCCGAGACCAGGACACACAUCCUGGUGAGCUCCUUGGUCAUCAGCUGGUCCAUCACCGAGAUUAUUAGGUACUCUUUUUUCGGCACAAAAGAGCUGUUUGGAUCUGCACCAUCAUCGCUUCUAUGGCUUAGGUAUAGCUCAUUCCUAGUAAUGUACCCAACCGGCAUCAGCAGCGAGGUUGGCUUGAUAUACAUUGCAUUGCAGUUCAUCAAGGCAUCGGAGAAGUACUGCAUUAGAAUGCCCAACAAAUGGAACUAUUCAUUUGAUUACUUCUACGCAUCAAUCCUGGUACUCCUAGUCUACGUUCCAGGAAGCCCACAUAUGUACACGUACAUGCUUGGGCAGCGCAAGAAGGCGCUUGCAAAGUCGAAGACUGCGUAACUUAUUGAUGCUUCUUACAAGAUUUGGUGGCAUAUCAUUGUGUUUUUUCUCAUUUAUGUCAGAAAAUCAAAAGUAUGUCCUUGUUCGGCACCAGCUGUGUUUAGGAUCAUCAAACUCUUGUGUCAUGUAGAUGUGGUUGUUGCUGAAUUAGCAUUUGGUUGCUAGAUACAACGUCUAAACAGUAAUGACCAGCAAUUUUUUUUUUGCCGUAAACCUUGCUGAAAGCCAAAAUGUACCUACCAGAUGUCUACACUUAUUUUGAACAAUAUUUCCGAGGUGCAGAAGGAAUACCACAAACAUA